CUGAGAACAGAAGGAAUUAAAACGUGACGCUGGCCUGCUGUACCCAGUUCACUGUGCUGUCAUCUGUGAGCUGAAUGACCAACAAUGAACCGAUCUGACACUGUAAUCACUUCUCUUGAUCAUACUGGCACCCAGUGUGCUUCCAAAUAUCAGCCGAAUCUUCGGAUGCCUCAUGAUGGACAGGACCACAGCAGGGUCAACAGAGGCAUCAGACUGCCUUCCUGUGUUAGCUCUGGGUUGGCAUCAGUUAUUUCCAUAUUUUGCAUUGGGCUGGUGUCGGGAGCUGCAGGAGGUCUGCUGCUGGGAGCGACAGCCGUCGUUGUGCUUCAGUCCCUGGAGCUUCUGGCUGACAACAGGCUGCUCAUGGAUCAGUUAGAAAACUACAUUAUGGGUGAUGAUUAUUAUUUGGAAAGAGAAGCCAAAAAAAUUUUACAAUGGGAAACUUACAACCAAGUGCAUGAUAUUCACAUAUCCAUAUUUGCAGAGCUGUUUGGUGUGUUUUCCUCAGCUCUGUCAUUACCUGUAGGCAUCUUUGUUGGAUUCUCAACAUAUCAACUGAUUAUUAAAAAAUGGGCAGUGGGAAAGGCGUUUGCUUUGGCUGGACCGGUGUGUCUAAUGGGUGUCACCUCAACUGGAUACUUAUUGGGUCUAUUUUUUGAAAGUUUUCUAUCGAUUACUUUAAAUGUUAGUAUUUUAAUAUGGUUUAUUGUUUCAGCAACAGUAGUAAUAGUGGUUCCAGUCACCAUUGAACACUGCUUCAGGUUACACUCUUCUUAUAUGGAUGUAUUGGGAGGUGGGCUUUUGACACCAGGCGCUGCAUUAAUUGUGUUUGUAACAAGUUUUUUGUCAGAAAUGAGGUUAAUUCUUGCAAGUGUUUUGAUUCCUGCGAUAAUAUUUCUACGAGAACUUGAAAAAUCACAUUCCUUCAAACUAACCGUUACACCCAUCCCACUGAUGUUGAUCAUUACUGACGUAUUUCAUAUUGCAAGGCAGCCAAUAGUCACCUUACAGUCACCAACAUCCACUAACACCAGUAGUGCUGUACUAGAGGGCAUGUUUGUUGGAGUUUUGACGUCUCAGCUGUGGACGAUUGUUAUAGGAAUGUCAUUAUUUGUGUCUUGGCAAAGCGGCGGAGCAGGCAAAACCUGUGUUAGUGCUGCAGCUUCUGGUGGAGCAGUUUUAGGUGCAAUAAAGUUAGCUCUACCUGUUCUGGGUCCUGGCCCCACCAUAGGAGCUCUGAUGGGGGUGGCAGGGGCAGCAGGUGUGUCUCUUUCCGCAGCAGGGGCAGUAACAAAUCGCUAUGGACAAGCAGUAGGACACUAUGGAUGGGUAGGGUGGGUUGGGGUGACAGUGGGGGCAGCUGUAGGAACUUUUCUGUCCUCAUGUGCCCACAGUGGGCUGUCAGGGAUGUUCAUGGGUCUGUGUGCAGCUACGAUUCCUGCUGGACUGUAUCUUAACCUGCUGCUUUUCCAUUCUCCAUCAUGGUUGUUUAAGGUAUGUUUAUGUAUAAACCUGCUCACACCUGUAAUCCUUAUAUCAUUUACCUACACCGGAUUGUUUUAUAUAGCGUUUAUGAAAUUUCGUGUCGUAUGUGCCUAUCAUCUGGGAAUAACAUGUGCAUCUCUAUUCAUAUGUAUCUUUUUCUGAGAUCAAGUUUUUAUCGGAUGGUUUCCAUAUGUGCCACAACUGCAUGGAAGACAAAACAAACAAAGAGACAAACAUUUGCCUUUGUGGACAUAUUGGGGCUGUUGUUGUGCCAGUGUUUCCAACCUUAGCUGCAUUUUAGAAUAGUACCAGCUCACUAGAACUUACAGGGGUUAAACUGGACUUGAUUGCUCUGUCAAAAUGGGCACAGGUUCAGAUCAGAGAAUUACAGACCUAGUAGGUGGAACUCAACCCUCAGAUACAGUGACAUCUCGUGGCAUUGAAGUGAUUUCUACAAGACACAGCAAGUGGGUCUACACCUUCUGCGGACACGGCAAUGUGGUUUAAGAGACACAGUUUUUAACACGUCCUAAACCUUAAACUGCAGCUGAGCUAAUGACAAAACAACAGCCCCAUCUGCUGGGUGUACAUACUGUACAUAUACUUCAUAUGCAUGUACUUUAUUUUUCCUUUUUUCAGGGCCCAUGGCAACAAAGAUUAAAAUAAAUGUUCUUUUCUUCCUUUGCUCGUGCAAUGACAUAUACAAUUGUGGAAUUAUACACAUACAUUUAUGGAUGUAUGUAAAUGGGAGGAUGGGAAAAAUACUCUUCUAGGGAAAACUUGUGUAAUUGGUGUACGGUGUCCUUCUAUCAGUAUAUUUGUGCUGAUACACAGUUUCGUUGGUUUCAUUGUAGCAUUCACUGUAAUAUUUUAUACAACGUGUAAAUGCAAGAUUAUUAAUUGUACAUAUGUGAGCUGUUUGUUUUCAGUAGGAAAGGCCACUAUGCCACCUUGUGUUAGGCAUAUUUUUGAGCUCUGUAUCAGGAUUAUUAUUGAACUUUUUUCCUGGACUAUUUUUGCACUUGUAGUCUAUAGUCAUCUACACAGCUUUUAUACUGUCUGUGAAGGUUACCCUGCAUGGAGGGGAGAGUCCUCUGCUGUAAUAGAUUUAGUUUAUCUACAAGAGUGGUAUAAACAGCAGACUUCUUACACCUUGUGAUAUUAAAUCUUUCUUUCUUUUUUAAAAAAUUCCAACUCAACACAAAAUUUAGAUAAAAAGCAUAAAGAAACCACGAUAUAGUUCUGUUUAGACAACACAGGACACUUCCUUUUUCUUGGAAUAAAUAAACCAAGAGAUGAAAGCUUAUCUCUGAGCUCCUUUGUGCUUCACGGUCCAUAAAUGUAGGCAUGUUCAGCUCAUAAAAAGGGGUUGUGUCCUUGCAUCCUACACUGAAAGUAAGAAAGAAUGAUUUCAAAGUGCUUCAAGAGUUGAUAUUUGUUUAUGCACCAUUAAUGCUUUUAGUGAGAGACACAUUUACCAGCCUGCUUGAGCAGAGCAAUCAUAUAAGAUCCUUGAACUCACAAUGGACACAGUGGGUUUGGGUUUUUUUUUUUUUUUAAGGAUCAUAAUCA